CAGGCGUUAGCCUUCCUACUAAGAUGUUCCUUUCAAUGCAUUUUCUUUCCCAUCCUUUGACGGGAAUGGCCCGUGAGUUUCGAGCGAAGCAGGCUUACUUUUCCGUGCCUCUUUGCCUGGGAUUUGGGUGAGGAGUAUUACGAAAAUCGGCGCAUGUCAAUCGCGCCUUAAUGAGAAAAGAACCGAUGUACCUAGGACAGCUCGUCCCUUAGUAGUGGUAGUGGUAGUAGAGCAAUGGUUCAGGACUAGAGCAUGGUAAACCAAGAAGAGAAAGAUGAUGAUUAAAGUAGUUUGGGGUGGGGAUUUUCACCAAGCACGACCACCACCUACUGUAGGUAGAUAAAGAUGACGAUGACGGCGCUGACAACCACAGCGACCGAGAGGACAGCUGAAGGGACGACCUGCAUUACGGUCGAGUCGAGUGCAUGACGGAGAAAUUGAUCUCCGAGUAUAAGAGGCAAGGAUACCUCGGUUCAUCGAUAGUCAUCCUCAAGUGUGCCAACAUGAAGCAAUUCCUAGUUAUCGCUGUUCUCGUGGCUGUGGCCUCGGCCCGUCCUCGCUACCUCAUGGUCCCUAUCGAAGAUGUCGAGUUCAUUGGUGAUGCCAUGGACGGCCAAGCCAUUCCCAUUAUCCCCAUGUUUAACUCCAGAAUGGGACGCCAAUUGGAGGCUGAAAAUUUGGAGCUCCAACCUCCACCAAGCCAAAGACGCCAAGGAGGUGCUCCUGCUGCUGCAGGCGGUCCCAGCGAGUCCUUCAUUAACACCAUCCGUGGAGCUGGCAUUGCUUUGGGAGAUGAUCAAUUGGAGGGAGCCUCCUCUUUGCACGCCGCCCCCUCUGGCCCUGACUAUGUUGACUAUGGAGCUUACACUGGCAAGGGCGGAGCCUUCGGAUGGUACACCGAUCACCCUGUCCUCACUUACCACCGCCGUUAAUCAAAAGAACAAAUACGUUAUAGCUCAAACCAAUAAUAAAUAUACUCCAUAUUUAUUCUCCAAACAUAGAGACU